CAGUCAAAGCAUAACCUGUAAGCAUGAAAAGGGAAAGUUUUCUGGGCAUGGAUCAGCCCUUUGCAUUAGAGCUGUUCCAGGACUUCUUGUGUCCAGAGAAAGAAUGGUGUAUUGAUACACAGAACCAAUUGAAUGCACACCUUUGUAUUUUAUGAAAGAUGUUAUCCUCACAGAUAAUGAGCUGCACUGCAACCAGUGUUAAACACAACUGAGUUGUACUUGGAGACCACUUCAGUUCCCUGACCUAUUGUGUUUCAGGAACCAUGAUCCAAUCUUGCAGUCUUCCCAGUGCAGGUCAUUCUUAAAAUGGCACUUUCCUCCACCUGUAUGUUUAAAGAGUCAAGUUUAGCUGAGAGCUUUUCUUAACCCAGCAGGGAGGGUUUUAUGUCUCCACUGUAUCCUUGUCUGUAUUGAGAAAAAUAGCUGCUGGUUCAGCUGAACUGGUGUUGACAUUUAUUUCUAGUCUAGUUUUAACAAAGAUCUUAUGAUCUGGCUGAAGGGAGUAAACUGAAACAUCAGUGUGGUUUAAACUGUUGGAAAAAUGCACGUAUGAGAUUGCCUAAUACACAACUUGGGCUGGAGGUGCUGAAGUUUUUGCUGCGUGGUUCCUAGCAGUGCAGUGACCAAAUAAGCUGAAACGGAGACCCUAAGAAAAUCAUUCCUCAUCAUGUAAUUGCAAGCAGUAUGAACACAGAAAAGCUUUUUCCUAGAGAGGAGACCACUUCCUCUUAUCUUUUUCUGUACUCCUCGACUGCAUGCAAUUUGCAUCUCCCAUGUGGUGCUUGUUGUGAGAAUAACUCAUAAUACAGACAUGAUUGCUCUUUUCUAUACUUUCAUUGUACUUAGAUUGUAAUUAUAAACUUGCUUUAUUUCAAAAGCUGAGGGAUGGGGAGGAGAGAAUUUCUAGAGGCACUGUCAUGCGAAGCCUUUUUCUGACUCUAGCCACACUUGUAGAUGAAGUCCAUAUACUCUGUUCUGCUGACCUUUCCCUACCUAGACAUCAAAACACAGUGGCCCAACUGCUGUUCUCCCAGUGUGCCUACUGCUGCCAUUAAUCUCCAUUUCUUAUACAGCUCUUCAUUCCUUUUCCUUACCUUUGGCCUCAACUCUUUAUUCCAAGUGAUAAUUUGCUGGCUUUCGGCUGAAGGGAGAAGCUAUGAUCAAUAACGGGAGGAGACAGGGGUCAGCAGAAUAGUGAUGAGCAGUGCCAUUUGCUCCUCUGAAAAUACUGUUACCUAAAAAUAUCGAUAACUAGUAUGAUAUUAUUUUAGCUUUUGGAUAAGGUGUCAGUGAGAUUUAGGCAGCCUGCAGUGGGAGCACAGGGGUCUUUUUCCUGUCACUAAUUCCUUAUUCCAGCCAGUCUUCCGUUACAUGGUGAAGUGGACAGAAAGGGCUUUACUUGGCUUAUGUCGGGCUAUGGAUUGUGUACCUGAGCACAGCCAUUUCUGGGACUAAAGACACCUUUCAGCUUCGAGGCGUGGUUGCUCUCAUGGGCAGUGCUUUGCCUUCUGCCUGGCGGUGGGUCAGAGUCCAUCUCCAGGCUUCCCUUGCAGCUUUUGAGGUAGAAGAGCCACAAAUGAAAACCCCUCUGAGGCUAGGCAGGGAGCAGAGGCUCAGUAGUGCUGUCUAGGUAUCACAGAAUAGCAUGCAGUGCUAAGUUCUGGUACUAGUAAAAUGAAUAAUUUUUAUAUUGGCUGGUACAAUAUACAAUAACUAUUUUUUUAAAAAGCAUAAUCCUGUUAUAUCAGUGUAUUAGCCUUCGUUACUCCAGACAGAAAGGUGGCAAAUUUAUUGGUCUCUUUCUUCCAAGAACUUCAAUUUACUUUGCUUUCAAAAGACUAUAAAUCCUUACUUCUUAUAUGCACAAUAACUCUCACCCUGCCAGUAGUCUUCAUACUAUUGGGAAAUAGUUACCACCAGUCCUGUUCCUGUGCCUGCUGGGAAUGCAUUUUCUUCUUUCUUUUGGAAAAAUGUAAUUGUUCAUCAAGAUACUUGUGCUUCUUCCCAGCCUAAGCUCUGAUCCUGAAAUGCAUUAGUAGUAUUACUGUUGUCAUCACUCAGCAAUCUUCUGUUGAGCCAGUUAUAUUUUGAUGGGGAGGAGGCUGAGAUUUAGGAUUUAAGGUACAUACAAGUAGUGUUUCCAAGCUUUUCUAAUUCAUUCUAAAAUGAACUAGUUUCUUCUGUUAACAGAAGUGAAAGUUUUUAUUCACAUUUGAAAAGAGCACAAUAAUGUGAGAUUUCUUACAAAAUGAGAGUAGGCAUCACUGUGUCAAGUGGUGUGAUUUUCAUAUAAAUGCUCUAAUGCUUUGCUAGAGAAAUCAGAGAAAUCACUUCUAACACUUCUCAGGAAGAUUUUCCUGAAACUCGGGGUUUUACCUUUCUCAAUUUCAUCUCAUUAUGCUGGGUGUCUUCUCCGCUCUGUUGCCCUAAAUGAAUCCCUUUAUUAGCUGUUGCUGUUUCUUAAUAAUGCAAUAAGAAAUGUUGAGGAAGAAGCACCCCUAACCACACCUUGGCUCUCCCCUUCUUUUCUUAUGCAUUUAAAAUUUCUGUUGUUGUAAAGAAAACCAACAUAAAAACCCCCAAACAGAAAAACCGAAAAACUCCUAGAUGUCCCUGAUUCUCUUCGCAUUCUAGUGUCUUGUUUUUCCCUGUUUCCCUUAAGACUUAAUUUCUUUAUCUGCAAAAGCUUAACUGCCCUGUCUUUAUUAAAGCUAAUUCGAAAAGCAUGGCAAGGUCCUCGGGUAAAAGCAUAAUGAAAUGAUUUAAUAUUGUUAACACAAAUCAGAUUGUGUUUUUUCCUGCUCAUAGCGCGCAGUGUUCUCCAGAGUGACAUUUGCUGGGUUGCUGUUAAAGUGUGCUUGUUCUGUUGCCUCUGUGGUUAUCCACGGCUGCCUACAGAGCGCUGCUUUAACACCACCUGGUUUGAUCACUGGCUUGGCUUCACAAGGAAAGAAACCUUGAGAUUCUCCUGGCUCAGCCUGCUACCCCAACUACUUUUGGCCUGGGGGGGUCAACAUUGAUUCAGCUAAAGAAAGGAGACUCAAACAUAACCUGUUUGUACUUGUGGUUGUAUGUAGCUAGCUGCAGUGAUCUUCGUUUCCUCAGAGCAGCAGAAAAACUGGGGCAUUUUCACUUUCAUGCCAAGCUAGUCAGUCAGUACAUAUAUGUGCUACCCAGGGCUGUGUGCCCAGCCCCGCAGAGCCAGGUUCAGGAGAGCCAAGGGGUGGCAGGGGCUUAGGGUGACAUGGGAGUCACUGCAGUCAUUGUGCUGGAUGGAGAACGUGGAUGCAUGAGAAACCAGGCUUUGCCAGUGCGGCUGCUUGGUUUUGUGUGGCUCUGAGGACUGUGUUCAUGGGCGAGCCUGCAACUUGGGGUUGGAAAGCCUUGUUAGCUCCCAGACCACAGCCACCUUCAAACUAUUCCUCCUACUCCUGAGGUGCGCUGGUCUGACGUGGAGUCUGUGGCUGGAGGACAGCUUCAAGCAGCAAGAAGGUUGAAUCCUGUGGCCCGUUCCAUGGGAAGGAGUGGCAUGCAUACCUAAAGGCUGCCAAGCUCUCUGUUCCAAGCCGAGUGAGGAGGAGAUCCAUCCUGUGCUCUCCUGCGGAGAUGACACAGGCUCCCUUCCCUACGGGCUGCAGUGGCUUGGAGAACAAAAUGGCUCCAGACCUCUGCAUGCGCUGGCACCCUUUCAAAAUGCAAAGGUGUGGUGUGUUCACAUCAAAAGACAUCUCCAUUUCAUAGAUGGGUAUGACUGAAGUGAGCCAGGCAGGGCCAGUCGUGUUGGUGUUUUAGGUCCUGCAGACGCUGUCUGCAAUGAGAGGCAGAGCCCAGCUCUCCUGGUGCUGGCCACCCCACAGCCCUGAGAGAGCAGCUAAUUCUCAGUUGCUCCUGGUAAGGCCAUAUUCCAAUUAAGCUUAGAAAUGAGCUUUAUAACUUUACCACUUUAGCUAGCUACUGUUUCAAGAGUGGCUGUAACUUACAAUUUUAAACUUCUAUUUAUGCCCCACUGCACGGUGGGCAUAGUUAUCUAAUAUCUGUUUUGAAGUUGGACUCUAUGUUCUUGAGGAUCUCUUCCAACCAAAACGGUUCUGUGGUUCUAUGAUUCUAAGCAUGGCCAAAUUUGACACCGGAUAGGCUUUCUAGUCCCUGGCAGCUGCCAACAGGGAUGACCUAGGAACCACCAGACAAACUGGGAAAACAAAAUAAAACCAAAACCAACAAAAAAAAUCUUGCAAAGAGGAAGAAGAAAGGAAAAAAAAAAUACAAAAGGAAACCCCAAUGUAAACCUCAGCGGCAGCCUGGCUGCGAGGCAGAGGAGGGUGCGUGCUUCGGUGGCGCUGCCGGCAGGUGGACUCCCAAAGCCCUCAUAGGAGCUGAGCUGAGCUUCCUGCAGGGCCGGCAGACGAGUGAAGCCUGUGGAGGUGCCCCUUCUUGUCCUCACCCCACGGCCUCCUGCUCUCCAGCAUCGCAAGAUGAAGUGGAGGAGGAUCGCCAUCUUCGCCCUUCUGCAGGCACGGCUCCCGGUCACAGAUGCUGUACCAGUUCUUGGACUGACAGACCCGAGACUCUGCUACUUACUGGAUGGAUUCCUCUUCAUUUACGCAGUCGUCAUGACAGCCCUUUUUGUGAAAGUGAAGCUUAGCCAAGCCUCUGAACCACAGCUGCAACCAGGCCAGAAUGAUGUGUAUAAUCAACUGUCUCGUGGGCGCAAAGAUGAGUAUGACGUUCUGGGGGCAAAGCGAGGUGCAGACCCUGAGCUGGGCGGGAGACACCAGCAGAGAAGGAGGAACCCUCAGGACACUGUCUACACUUCACUGCAGAAGGACAAGAUGGGCGAGGCAUACAGUGAAAUCGGAAUGAAGGGGGAGCAGCAGAGGCGGCGAGGCAAAGGGAAUGAAGGUCUCUACCAGGGACUCAGUACAGCAACCAAGGACACGUACGAUGCUCUCCAAAUGCAGCCUUUGCCCCCUCGCUAAACAGGAGUCAUGGAGGGGAUGGGCAAGGGUGAGAUGCCCACCAGCUUUGGGGAGGAGAGGAGGGAAAGCCUUGUUCAUCCAAAACAGGCACUGUGUAUUUUCUCACUGCAACAACCUACUUCAGUUGGUGCACAGAGGGAAUAUGUCUGGACUUGGUCAGUGCCUUCUCCCUUCCCGCUUGAAUCAUGUAACUGCAAGCUUUAGCCAUUAAAAUGUACAUACUUGUAAAGUUAUUUCCAAUAAUAGGGGUUAUUAGGCCGAUUUCUUGUAAGAUUUGUGUUGUGGGACCAGACCACGCCUGCUACCACAGCUGUUUCAUAGCUCUUACUUGCCUUCCAGGGCUAUCAGGAUGUCAGUAUGAAAGAACUUGGAAAGAUAGGGCUAUAGUUAUUUCUUGUAGUAUUUAUCUUAAGGCUGUUUGACACAGACCAGCUAAAGGGUUUGCUUUAAAUUUUCCCUUUAAAAACUGCUUCAGUGGGGGUUGACUUCUCAAUUGUAGAAAGUGACAUGAUGUUACUAUAGUGAAGGACAGAGGCUAAACGCAGGCUUUUCAGUCUGAAGAAAACAAGCACAAAGCUCCACCAAAAGGUCAAGCGGUGGCAUUGCCACUCAUCCAGCACCUGGAGCUAAACACAAGUCAGGUAUAACCUGCAUGAGACACCUCAGAAGGCAGAAGCUACCCAUUGCAAAGAAAAUAAGGAGAAUGGACUCUGCUACAAAGACAAAAAUACUGGAAAAGCAAGAACUCACCACAGAGAAUCACAUCUUGGCUGAAACUACUGCCUCCCUCACAUAAGCAACACCUGCAACUGUCACUGCAGAACAAGCUCCCCCUAAGAGUUGGUGCGGUAAUUCUAAUGUCAGAAACAGACAAAACCGAUUGUUUCUGGGCAAGAGAAACUGUACAAAAGCCAUUGUCAAUGCAGUUUCUAAAACAGCCUAUCAUCAGGGUACCUCCAAGAGAUGAUGCAGGUACCAUUCCAAACUGAUAAGAGUUCAAUAAUGUAAUGAUUUUUGAUUAAUUAAUAAAGCUAGUGCCAAAGACCUCUGUGUGUGCGUGAUCAGCUGUAGGAGUGGUACAGGCUCAUCAACUGCUGCAACAAUUCACACCCAGCAAGCAUCAACUCCCAGGCAAGCUGAGGGGGAUGGAAUUCUGACAAAAGCUUCUAAACACAUCCUGGGAGGUGGGAUGGGAUGUUGGGAAAAUGCUGUGAAGCCAAGUACAAAAAGGACACUCACCUCCUGCUGCAUCGUCAUUUCAUCAGUGACUUGCACGACUGUGCAAUGAAGCCUGUAAGCGACUCAGCAAGGACAAAAUUAACUGGGGUCAGGAGGUGACCAGUGUGUUCCACCAGCCCUGACGGAGGGAGCAGCACUAAAGCACAGCUGGGGGAUGAAAAGCUGCUGCUGUGGGCACUGCCCAGAGGAGGUUACAUGUUUAUUUCUUAAGGGACUGGGUUAGCAGCACAAAAACUUGCUGAAACUGCUGCUAUUUGAAUUAAGCAGUAAAACUGUACCUGCAGUAUGUGCUUGAUACUUUUAAAUAAUAUUUCAAAGACACUAAGUUAGUUGUUUUUUUAAAAAAAAAAAAAAGUAAACCAAGAUACUCCAUGCAUGGCAAUGAAUGUUCCUUGCCAAGAAUUUCCUAGAUCGUUCACUGUUCUGCAAUAAGAAAAAUCUGAGAAUUGGGUGAUAUCUCAAACAGCUGAGCUGAAAUUUACAGUGAAGUUCCUACUGCAAAGCACUCUUUUUUUGAUGCAAAGAGUACUGAUUUUUCUAUUUUUAAAUCAGGAUAACCAUAUUUAACCAAUAUGUAGAAGUCAAAAGUUUUGUCAGUCAUAAAAUACCAACUACUAAACAACAGGGAAGAAAUUCUUAGGAAAAAAAAAAAAAAUCACAUUUAUAUCACAUUUAUGCUCUUCAUAUAUAAAUGGAUCUUGAUUUCAAAGAGCAUCCAGCAUUUAUUUCAGGGACACUCACUGUCCUUAUGAGAAGAGUCUUCUAUCUGCAUUCAUGGGAAAACUGAAGCUACACCUUCUUUUAGGAGAGGAGCUGAUAAUACAGAACAAACUAGUAGAAUGAAAGCUUCAAGUAGAGUGCAAAAAAACGCUGGGCUCUCCUCAGUUUUGACAGGACGAAGUGCAUGAACGAACAACCUUCCGGCCCAGUUUGAUGCAGCCUGGGGGAAAGGGAGUUCGCCUGGCCCUGACACAUUUAAAGAACCGCAAACAAGUGCAUACAUGUUAAAACACUUGGAAAAUGGUUUAAUGAUGUUUACAACAGAAAUGAACUGUACAAUUACAGUAAGUUUAAUAUAUAUAAAAAAUUACAGCAGACAAAUGCAUCUACACAAAAUCUACCUUUCCAUUCUGAUUUACUGUAAUCUACACAAUCUCGCAAUGCCUACAGCUAUCUGUAGGCAACCACUGGGAAAAUAAUAAUAAUUAAUAAUAAUAAUAAAGGACAUCUUUAAAGAGACAGCAUUUUGCCUUCCUCCUCACCCCUAGUGUGAUCAGCGAGGUUUUGAAAUGUGUGGGACUCUCACAUUUCAGUCUCAAGAAAAGCCUGGGUUGCGUUUGGGUGCGGGUACUCCCAUGUAGCCCUCGAUUUCAAGUGUUCUGCUGACCUGAAGCGUACAAAUGCAGUACGGGAAGAAGGGCAAGAGCAAAAACCUCCCAGCCAGUGUAAGCAGGCAGUUGCACAGCGUAGUGACACCGUUAAGACUGAAAAUUUCUCUUCUUUAGAAACGAAGCAAGAAGGGACUGCCCAGACGCUACAGACUUCGUUCUCUCUGAAAACUAUUGCCAGAUUUAGAAGAAAGGGCUUGUUUUUCAGCUCCCGAUUCUUCAUCCAACGGGUUAGCUUUCAAACUAAUGCGUUCAGUAUUUUUUCGAAAGACAAUUUAAGCUACUUCGUCUUUGGCCCAUCCCUCAAAAACACUGAAAACCCCUUGAUGCUGAGAAAGAACCUCAGCCCAAUGGGGAAAAAAAAAAACAUGCUGUCUCUUUAAAAAGAAAGAAUCCCAGUUGGGAGCGGCCAUCAGUGAAAAUGCGAUCCAAAUUGGCGGUCUGGUGGAAAUUCCUCAUGGAAUAUUAUGUACAGUUUAAAAACCCUUAGUUUGUUGUGUCAUUUUUUUUUCCUUUUUUCUUUUUCCUUUUUUUUUUAUUUAUGAACACCUAGGCAGUGAAAACUGUUAUGUUAAUACAUACAUAGACACACCCAAAACAUACAAAAAUACUAUUAUUUCAAACUACUAAGAAUAGGACAAGUUCAGUUUUCUCCAUGCUAUGACUUUAAGAGCAUUACACUGAAACAAACAAGAAUUUAAACGACAAUUUUUUAAUAUCCCAGAAAUAUACCAAAAUAUACAUCUAAGCUUUGGAAUUACUGAGGUUAGACUAAUGCAAGUGCUGGGUAAUCGUACUUAAUACACAAGUCUAAGGUUCUGCAGGAAAGAAAUUAUCUUUGGUAUCUGCAUCAGGCUAAUAAUAUUAACAUUUGGAUUUUGCUUUGGGAUAGAGCUUGUAUGACCCUAGAACCAAACACCCCCCAAUCAACUGAGAUUAAAAAGAUCCAUGUAAAAAGUUCCUCCAUUUGCAAUCCCCCCCCAAAAGUUAAAAAGUCACAGGCAUCUACCUAGCAUAAAAGGUUGAGAAAUACAAUGCAUAGUUGCACAGUGGUGCUGCAAAAACAAAAGAAAUCUAGAAAAAAGGAACUAGAGGAGAAAUGAAAAGCUGCUUUUUCUUCUUUCAGGGAUUCCUCACAACAGGACAGCCUCUUCCAAGCAGUGACGGGGGGAGGGGGGAAGCUCAGAAGUGCACCUCAGCGUGUAUUAAUCAACAUCACCCAGCCCCCAGAGGGUUAAAGCACCCAGCAGAGCAGCCAAUCCUGCACCCAAGUCUUCAGCUCCUCAACCCACCUGCGAAGCCCCGGCCGCCCCCUCCCAGCGCCCGCCUCCCGGAUUUUGCCCCAGGGUGGCGAGUUUCUUCCAGGGGCAUCGUCCCCUUGCCAGGGGCAGCCCAGGCCCCAGCCCCUCCAGGCUGGAGGGCAGAGCCCUUGGCCCCGGGGCAGGCCGGCCUCACAGAUGGGCUUGGUGCUGAAGACGCCCUUUGUCUUUGGUUUGUUUGUUUGUUUUGAGUUUAUACAAUCAUUAGGAAAUCUUUGGUUUUGGCUGGAAAUUUUAAAAGAACAAAACAAAACAAAGAAACCGCCCCCUCCCGACUUAUAGCAGCCACCGUGACCUGACAAAGCUUCUCUUUCCCAGGGGGGUAGGGGAACUACAUUCAAAUAAAGAUGGACCAGGUUAAGGAUGCAGCUGCUGGCCAGGCUGGGGAGUGGGGAAGGAAUACAGGAUUGUCAAAUAAUAAAGAAGAAAAUAAAAUAUUUGGAGAUCUAUUUUUUUUUGGUCAUGUUAAAAAGCGAGUAGCAUGUACACGGCACUGGGACAAGAGUGCCUCUGGGCCCUGGAGUUCAGCGCGGCCCCGGGGACGCUGCCCUGGGGUGGGGAAAGGCAGCGCAGGGCGACCCUUUUCCAUGGGGAGUGGAGGGGUGGGGGUGGAUAUUCACAGACUAAUCAAGAGGACCCCUUGUAACCAAAGGAAAUAAGAUAAGAUUGCAAUUUGCCCUCACUUUGCAGUAGCUUUAAGCAGCGACAUUCAGAGGCGUUGGGGGGUCACUCCCCAGGUUGCAGGUCACGGGGUGCUAUAGGCCAGAGUUCAGUGUUAAUCAAAGGAGGGAGGGCAGGACUUGGCAACUCUGUAGGGUUUGGAGAAAGUUAAAGCAAGUUACUCAGUUACGAGUUAGAAAUGAGGUAUACGACAGCUCCUGUACCUGUGGCGGAUAAACACCCCACACCUACUCACACCUAGCCUUAGAUACUACCACAGAGGAAGGAAAUGGAACAACAGCACUGGCACGGACGAAGAAACUACUGCCCGGGUCCUUCCCACCGAUCGCUGGCACGCCAGGUGCCCCAUGGGGACCAGCGCUGCCCCAGACCUCUUCAAAUUGCCUGCGGGGGGCUCUGCAGCUGUCCCAUCCCUUCUUGGUCUUGCAGGGAGGCCCAGUCCGGCUCCCCAGAACUCAUGGGGAGCAGCACUGAUCUCCACAUCUUUCUCAUCAUGUUUUCCCCUCAGACUCGCUCGGGUGCAGGGAGCACCAGGGUCACAGAGGCCGAUAGAGUGAAUGGGGGAAGAACUAAAGGGUUUGUCUCAACUGCCUUGUUCUCAGGACACUGCCACGGGUGCUCUUGUUCCUAAAUUGUUUCUCAAGGGGGUUGUGUGAUCUCCGUGAUUCACCCCUCGGCAUGCCAUUUCCAAUAUCUUAGGAUUCUUUCUUAAGAGUUUCAGAUUUCUGUAGCACCGCAACAUGCCGGCUUCAUCUGCACACGACAUUAUCACGUUCAGGGAAUAGGGCUUAAGUAGCUGCUGCUGCUACGAAAUUCAGCAAAGGCAGUAUGAAUCCUGAAGUGGGGUCUACAACAGAUAAGAGAAUUUUGGGAGGAAAGGGGAAGCUAACAUGAUAAAUUAAGUAUCUUAUGGUUUUAUGUAAAGCUCUGCAGGAGAAUAUUCACCAGCAGACCGACACAGUUUUAAGACAGAUCAGCAUUUUGGUCUGAGCUACUUGACAAUGUCCUGUUUGGUAGAGAGAUGAAAUAAGGCAGAGGGGGUAUGUUCCAGUUCUGGGGCUGAGCCUCAGCAGCACUAAGGAACGCCAAAGGGUAUCAUCUUCCCUCGCCUCCCACAAGCUGUUUCAUUUCCUUCCUCAGAUUUGUUUUCCUUAAAGCACACCUUGUUUUCCACUUCUUUUGUUCCAAGUGCUCUUUUCUUUGAGAAGUCAUUUCUUCAAUAUCCCUAUUACCUAUCUAUAAAUCUAACUAGCUCUUUGAAAAGUCACACAAUAUUAAUACCACUUUUACAUAAUGUCAGAACAACAAUUCUAUUAGUAAAGCUUUCAGUGAAGUUCUGCAACCCGAUUCGUGUCCGGAGGAAGAGUAGCUGGACAACCCACCUCUCCCCCUUCCUCCCUCCCUUUCUUCACAAGAGCUCACCAAGUUCACCGAUAAAACAACUCAGCCCAAUAGCACGAUACAUGAACAUGUACAAGGCUAAUUUGGGGAGCAAAGAAGGGAGGCUUCAAGGUCCCCCCCUAAAGAGAAGGACCAUAAGCAAAAGCUGUUGAACAGACUCUGACCUUGGACUACACUGCUUCCACAUUCGAAGGAAAGAAACAGUUUUUCCCUGACUGUAUCCCAACAUCAGCCUCAGACCUGCAGCACUGGGCAAGCCCCACACGCCGUUUGUCUUCACAGAGCCAAGGCAACUCUAUGCAGAAAAGGUGGGAGUACCCACGAGAGACGAGGUCCUUACGGAAGGGACACUGACCCAAAGCUCAACAAAACCCCACGCAGCUCCUCUCUUACCCACUCUGAGAACAGCAGAGCUGACAACUAUCAGUGCCUUUGGUUCCCUACGAGGCCACUGGGAAUUCUCCCGCCCCAGUGGAGUCGAGCUCCUUUAGAAAGCCCCCUCUCCCAACCACCACGCACAGCCAGGCGCACGCGUGUGCGCUCACACACCCUUGCACACGCACCCACACACGCCCCUGCCCUCCUCCAUGGGCCUUGACGGGAAACGAGAAGGGAGCCUUGGGGUCCAGGCGGAGGGGGCUGCAACACUCUCCCAAGGCAACAACCACUCACUCUUCUGCUACUCCUCCUACUGCGACACCGAGACGUAUGCCAGGAGGACAACCCGCUCCCUCACCAACAACCCCUCAAAGCUCCUCUCCCACGACUGUCUCACAGUAUGUCGACCCUUUCAGGCAGACCAGCCAGGUGUUAGGAGUAGGUUAGCUUUCACUUCUCAGUUUGGUUUUUUUCUUUCAUAGUUUUUGGUCUAGACAGGAUUAGCAUUGCUAUUAGAAAAGGAAGUGUUUAAAAAGUUUUCCACCUAUCAUCAAGCACUACAAGCCCUACAUUCAGUAACAAGACAAGGGGGAUAAAAGGAACCUGUUUCACUUUUGCUCUCCCAGAUAGAUUAAGAUGCGACAACCAUUCUUCUCCCUCCCUGAAGUCAAACACAACAGACUCAGUUCAGCUCGGGUGCAACUCAACUAACUGACAUGGAUUUACACCACCCAGGCUGAUGUCAACCCAGUACAGCCACCUUCUUUCCCUUGAGCCUCCCGGGUACGCGUUGCCUCAUCGUUAGAUCCCAGCGAAGGGCAAGGAAAGGCCAAGAGGGAGGGGAGUGUGCGCACACUCGAAAGGACCCUGAACAGCAACCCCGAUCAGUAACCUGCAUGCCACCACGUGCUGUGCUGCAGAUUAGACCACAGAUAAACCAACCAAACAACAAUCCCAAACCCAGGAGCGACAAAAUGUUUCCUUUGGCAAGACAGAUACAAGGAAAAAAAUUCAUGAGCAAACAUUUUCCUUCUAACACAGUCAGCCCCCUUCUCUGCCCCCAACAUCCACCCACCCCCACCCAACCCUAUAAAGUUGUAACCUAUAAACAAGAUCUCAAAUACAUACAGCAUAAUCAUGUUUAUCAAUCAUAAUAAACAUCAGUUCAACUAAACUCUACAGCUAGAAUUAUCUCCACUAUUUAUAAAGUUUGCUUUUCUCUUCUGAUUUUUUCAGUUUAAAACCAGUUCUGCGACAAUGCUAAGCUAUGCUGAGGUAUUUUAUGAAGGUGCCAGAAGCCAGCUGCUACCCACAAGUAUUGUUCUCAGAGCCAUAUGGUGCUACCUUUUGCUGAGGGAAAUGGGAAGGAACGAGGAGGGAGAGGGGAGGAGGAAGGGGGCCCAGAUUAUUCCAGUUACGGACAGUUCUUAGCAGGGUAUUGCAGAUGGAGCUGAAAGCAGCCCCAAGACAAAGCCUGGCAGUUGCUUCAGUUUUGGGAAUUUGGUCAGAAAAGUAGUACCUGAUACAUUCUACAUGCUGACCUUAUCUGUCUGCUCAACUAAAAGGUGUCUCUUCUCCUACAGGUAAACUAUUUGUAAUUCCAGUGCAAUCUUCCUAACACCCUUCUAUAACAGGGUCCCAUGGGGGUAAAGGCUCAGAGCAUGUGUCCACUACGAGUGUCCUGGGAGAAGUGGCAAUCAGAUCCAAUGAAGACAGAUAAGCCAAAAAAAAAUAUCAAGUUCUUUUUCAUGCAUUCCUCUGCGUGCUUGUCUGUGAAGAUAUACAAGUACAGGAAUCGCUUCUUUUCAUCCUUCCAAAAGCACUGAAACCACCUGUGCUGACAUACAGGGAACCGGGUACCAUUCAGAUCACAGAGCCAAAGAUGUGAGUAUUUUAAAAAAUUGCAAACCAUGACUCAGUAAAUCUAUGACAAAGCUGCCUCUGUCAAAAAUUGUAUUUUAGUAUAAAGUCUCUCUGCUGGAAAGAAGAGAAAAACAAGCAGCAACCAACGGCAGUGAGAUUUAAUGACUGAAAAGGGUAGAACCUCUGCAAGGUACGCAUCUCGAAUUCUAUAUUGCUAUAGCAUUUUGAAAAGGAGGGAGAAGUAAAAGGUAUGCAAAAAUAUCAAGGAAUUUGAGUUGGCUAUGUGAGGACUGACAACCAUAAACCCAGUGGGGGGCAGAGGGCUGCCUUACUCCUUUGGUAAGUCUCUACCCUAGACAACAGUGUAGGUGUAUGUCCUACAGGUACACACAGGCUCUGUGGAUACACAUCACUGAACCAUUUCAGGCAGACAGGAAUAGGGAACAGUGAUUCUGAAUAAAGUUAUCCUGGCAAUAAAGAGAUCCACAUUUUAAACUUACAGUUUAAAACCAGCUAUAAUUGAAAGUUUGGAUCAGAUGCAUUAAUUUUGUCUGUCCCAAAACACUCUAAUGACCAUGAGAAGCUACCUGUCUAAGAGGAUUUUGUAAAGCAAGUUUUUAUCUAAGAAAAUAUCAACUGAUAUUUAAGGUAAAUUAGAUGUUGUUUUAGUUUAGCAUCUGUGUGGUUCCAGCUCUAACAGGUGUUCUGCUCCCAUUUGUAACAAAGAAAAAGCAAAUUUCUGUUCUAAAGUGUUGCUCUGCAGGAAUGUGCACAGAGGGAAGGAAUUAAUGCUUCUGUCUCCUUCAGUAACUCAACUGCAGAAAUGUGUGUUAGCCAAAGCACACUGCAAGACUUACAGAGGGGACAUUUAAACACUAGAGUGAACCAAAUCAUUAGGUUAUAGUUCCAAUAAAGGUGAUGUGUUUGGUUUUUUUUUUUAAAAAGCAGCCAUUUUCUGUUAAACAAUCACUGGCAUGGAUGUACAUGGAGAAUUUUCUCUAACAUGUUUUGGUAACAGCUAUUCUCUCAACUACUCCCUGAGCAAAACUGGUUAUUAAAAGAAAAAAAAACAAACAAACCUAAAAUAUUUUGGCAAGAUACCAAAAGAUCAGAAGUAUAAAAAUUCUGUCUUCAUUUAAAUGAUGACUGCAAAGUAUGUAAAAUUAAAAUAAGGGCUAAAAGUAGAGGCAGUGGAUUGCUCUUGCUCAAAUGAAAAGAUACCAUACUAUGACAGAACAUUUUUAUCUUGUGUGUUAAGAUCAGCAGAUAGCUUAUUUGCUCAGUGUUAGCAUCCUCCUGAUUAACCUAAAAGGUACAAAAAUCACAAGCCGUAACUCCAAAUACAUCAGGAACAAUACUAUUGCCACUGAAAGUCUCUUUGUCAGCCUGCUCAUUUAAAGGUAGGAUUCAAACUUGAAGCUUCCAUGUCCUAAAAGGUCUCUAAUUCAAGCCACCAGAAAAUGUGUCUUCCUUUUCAUGUUCUGGCAUUUUAGUUUUGUCUGAAAAGACAACCUCACUAGCACUCUAAAAAGAACUACUGAGCAAGAGAAAUAACAAAUGCCCACAUGAAGACCCAUCCAACUUUCAAGCACGUUCUAUGAAGAAAUUUUUUACACUGACGGUGGUGAAACGCUGGCACAGGUUGCCCAGAGAGGUGGUAGAUGCCCCAUCCCUGAAGACAUUCCAGGCCAGGCUGGACAGGGUUCUGAACAACCUGAUCUAGUUGAAGAUGUCCCUGCUCAUUGCAGGGGGUUGGACCAGAUGACCUCCAAAGGGCUCCUUCCAUCUCAAAGCAUUCUAAGAUUCUAUGUUCUCCUUGCUGGUUCAGCCAAGCACAAAUUUCCCAUUCACCGUAAAGUGGCUUUUUCAAAUCAAUUUAACUUGUGUUUCAACAACUAUUUAUUGAAGCAGAGGAUCUUCAGAAGUAGCAGAGCAAUGAUGUGUCAUCACAAGUCACUCAAAGAAUGAAAAAAAAAAAAAAAACAACAAACCAAACUGAAGUCACAUGAGACUUAUAGGUUAAAAAAAAAAAAAAAAAAAAGAGAGAAA